CGAGUGACGUCUGCUCGCUCCCCCCAAUCGUAUAUAAACUUUUCGUGUGAUAUCGACGCCAUCUUAUUUCUUGAAAAGAAGCCGUCAAUCGCGCACGUUUGCUGAGUGUUCUCUUAGAUAAGUUAUCGACUGAAUUCUACUAGUUAAAUAUCAAAAUGGCAACAAAAGCACCCGCAGUAGGUAUCGACCUGGGCACCACCUACUCCUGCGUUGGAGUGUUCCAGCAUGGCAAGGUGGAGAUCAUCGCCAAUGACCAGGGCAACCGCACCACGCCCUCGUACGUCGCCUUCACCGACACCGAGCGCCUCAUCGGUGAUGCUGCUAAGAACCAGGUCGCCAUGAACCCCAACAACACUAUUUUUGAUGCCAAGCGUCUUAUUGGUCGCAAAUUCGAAGAUGCUACUGUACAAGCCGACAUGAAGCACUGGCCAUUUGAAGUGGUCAGUGAUGGUGGCAAGCCAAAGAUUAAGGUACAAUACAAGGGUGAAGACAAGACCUUCUUCCCUGAGGAAGUGAGCUCAAUGGUGCUUACUAAGAUGAAGGAAACAGCUGAGGCAUACCUUGGCAAAACGGUGCAGAAUGCAGUCAUCACGGUUCCAGCGUACUUCAAUGACUCACAGAGACAGGCCACAAAAGAUGCGGGUACCAUCUCUGGCCUGAACGUUCUCCGAAUUAUCAAUGAACCGACUGCUGCUGCGAUUGCGUACGGCCUCGAUAAGAAGGGAGGCGGAGAACGUAACGUACUUAUUUUCGACCUCGGUGGUGGUACUUUCGACGUGUCCAUCCUGACCAUCGAAGAUGGUAUCUUCGAAGUAAAGUCUACCGCCGGAGACACGCACUUGGGAGGCGAGGACUUCGACAACCGAAUGGUAAACCACUUUGUACAGGAGUUCAAGAGGAAGUACAAGAAGGAACUUACCACAAACAAGAGGGCCCUGCGACGACUCAGGACCGCAUGUGAACGCGCGAAGAGGACCCUGUCGUCCUCUACUCAGGCCAGUAUUGAAAUCGACUCUCUCUUCGAGGGUAUUGACUUCUACACCUCAAUCACCAGGGCUCGUUUUGAGGAACUGAACGCCGAUCUGUUCAGAUCUACCAUGGAGCCGGUUGAGAAGUCUCUCCGUGACGCCAAAAUGGACAAGUCGCAGAUCCAUGACAUUGUCCUGGUUGGUGGUUCCACUCGUAUUCCUAAAGUGCAGAAGCUUCUUCAGGACUUCUUCAAUGGCAAGGAGCUUAACAAAUCCAUCAAUCCCGACGAGGCCGUCGCGUACGGUGCGGCUGUACAGGCCGCCAUCUUGCACGGUGACAAGUCUGAGGAAGUACAGGACCUGCUGCUGCUUGAUGUUACACCGCUGUCGCUGGGUAUCGAAACCGCCGGCGGUGUUAUGACCACCCUCAUUAAGCGUAACACUACCAUUCCCACUAAGCAGACCCAGACCUUCACUACUUACUCUGAUAACCAACCUGGAGUGCUUAUUCAAGUUUUCGAGGGUGAGCGCGCCAUGACCAAAGAUAACAACCUCCUCGGAAAAUUCGAACUUACUGGCAUCCCACCCGCGCCACGUGGUGUUCCUCAGAUCGAGGUCACCUUCGACAUCGACGCCAACGGUAUCUUGAACGUAUCGGCCGUCGAGAAGUCUACCAACAAGGAGAACAAGAUUACCAUCACCAACGACAAGGGUCGCCUGUCUAAGGAGGAAAUUGAGCGCAUGGUUAACGAGGCUGAGAAGUACAGGACUGAGGAUGAGAAACAGAAGGAAACCAUUGGGGCCAAGAAUGCUCUCGAGUCUUACUGCUUCAACAUGAAGUCCACCAUGGAAGAUGAGAAGCUGAAGGACAAGAUCUCGGACACCGAUAAGCAGACCAUUUUGGACAAAUGCAAUGAUACCAUUAAAUGGCUCGAUUCCAACCAGUUGGCUGACAAGGAGGAAUAUGAACACAAGCAGAAGGAGUUGGAGGGUAUCUGCAACCCGAUCAUCACCAAGCUGUACCAAGGAGCCGGCGGCGCGCCAGGUGGUAUGCCCGGCGGUAUGCCCGGCUUCCCUGGCGGCGCUCCCGGCGCUGGAGGCGCAGCGCCCGGUGGCGGUGCCGGACCCACCAUUGAGGAGGUUGACUAAACACAUUCCACGAGUUUUCGAAAAUAAGAUCAUUCGGCAUAGAGGUGUUACAACCCUUGCUUGAAAUUCAAUAAAUGAGUUAAAACAUA